CCGGUUACACUCGGCGGCGCGGUUCAGUUCAAGGUUUCCCAUUUCGGAGAGUUCAACGCAUAUAUAAUAAUAUAAAAAUAAUAACACUAUAUACAUGUUAUACGCGUGCCCGUCCUAGUGCCUCAAUACCUAAUAAUAUAAUAUCACGGUGGUCGGCCCCUCCCCCCGGAAAAAUCGUUGUCGCCCGUCGACGGGAUUUAUAUUCUCUCGUCACUAGCCGGCCGGCCGCUGUACGAUCCGCGCUCCGCACCGUUCCGCUACGGACGCGUAAAUAAUAUUAUAGCUGAUACGAUAUUAUAAUAACACGUCAUUAUUACGACUAUAAUACACCGAGAGCGCGAGUCGUCCGCUGACCUUUCGAGUUUUGAGUUUCGGUCGACUCUGUACUUUCGUCGCCAAUCGAUUCAUUUUGAAUAUAUAUAUUUUUUUAUUUUUGUUUCCCAAAGUUUUUCUCUACCAGCCAACCCGCCUCUUCCAUCGUUGAUAGAUCCACGCCGAUCGAUCAGUUAUCCUAGAACUAUACAGUGGUGACAGUUGGAGUAAACCGCCUCGCAUCGUCGCUCGGACACAAAAGAAAAUCGUCUGUGAACAACGGAAAAACAUGAACAAAACCACGUAAGAGAUCACCCGGCGCACUGCAAAUAGAUCGCGGAUCCUCGUGCAGUCGAUUCCUUCCCAUCGUAUACAAAUUGGAGCACGGUGACUGAAUGAUACCUCAACAUGUCCCAGGAUCGUUUGACCGCUAUUCGGCUGCUGUCGUACUGUUGGCUGACCAUCAUGAUGCCACCCAACACUUUGACAUUUAACGUUGUCUACAACAAAGAACCGUCAUCGUCUUCUUCGUUACAGUCACCAGCUUUUUACCAAACUAGCAGUAGAAAGUUUGGCGGCUACCGAAUCGUACCCCGAGCAUGCAAAGACGACACACAUCCGCACAAGAACGAUGUAUCUAUCACCACCCCCACCGGAACUGGAACUGGAACAGGCGUGUGCAUGUUCAACUAUGAAUGCACGCAACUAGGCGGCUCGGUGGUCGGGUCGUGCGUGGACGUGUUCCUAUUCGGCGCUUGUUGUCGAUUGCCGGCUGGCGUAAAAGUUCCCGCCGCAAUCGACCAGAGCGCGUCGACGGCCACGGCCGCUACGACCUCGACACCUGGCCCACACUACAACGAUCUGCUGCCGAUAUCGUUCCAACAACCGGUGGCUGACACCAUACUGAUGCACCAUAAUGGGUCAGCGGUACAAAACACUUAUAGACCGGAUGACCUGUUCGGUAACUUCACGGCCCUAGUGCAGGCUCAUCGCGACCGGUUACCGCCGGCAGUCGACAUGACGGACGUCGUGCAGCAGUACACUACGGACGGAGGUUACCACCAGUUCAAUCAUCACCCGCACCGACCAGCGUCUUUUGCUGGAAACAAGAUCACGUCUAAAGUGGAUUACGGCGACGCGGCCACUGUUAAGCUGCAGACGUCGCAGUUACCGUCGUAUUUGUCGUCGUCGUCGUCGUCGCCAGUGUCAAAAUCGACAGAUUCGGUACCAAACAUUAGGAAAACGACGCCAUCCGCGACCACUGUACAGGCGACCACGUCCAAACAGGGUUAUGGUGGAACGCAACCCAACCAUCACAAACAACAACACCCGACGUCCACCGACGACUUCUACGAUAAUAUGGUUCUGAUACCCACGCUGACGGUUAAUGACCCCAAUGCCAAGGAAAACAACUCUAUACACCACAUACUGUCCAUAUUAAACUACACGCCACCCUCGCCAGACAGGCAUCAAGUGGACCCAAUGGACGCUUCGCCGUCGUACCUUGUACACCAGUCGAGUAACCCACCGCCCACGCCGCCUCCCGCUCUAUACACUUGGGGCUCGAUCGACGGCGAUUCCAAAUCACCAGGUUACGGUGCGUCCACGUUCCCAGUUACCAGGCCUUCAUCCACCAUCCAUUCAUCGACGCCCACGCAGCAGCAUUACGACCGACCGACCAGCUAUUACGGAUCGAUGCCGUCCACCACCACCACCACAUCCAGUCACCACUUACCGGGACCGCACUUCCACGUUCUAUCCACCACAACUACGGCCAAGCCUUUGGARCCCGUUGCGCCUACCGUCAUAGUCCURAGCCCAGCUAACGAUUCAAAAAAUCCUAACAAGUAUACUACACCUGCUUCUACGGUGUACACGGCUGCCUCGUACCGUCCACCACCAUCGUCGCAUGUCAAACCGUCACAGAGCAUCAUCGUGACGGGCAAACCAUCGGUGAGCGCUGCGUACACAACCACAGCCACCUAUCAUCAUCCUCAACACCAGCACCAGCAAGACGCAGCUUUCGUGCCUGUCAGUUCAACAACGAUGGCAGAUAAAUAUUACAACGCCAAUUAUCAACCGACCACUAGCGCCGUACACAGUUCAGCCAAGCCACUGGUGUCCACUAAUUAUGGGCACCGGCCUUCGUCGACRACUACCACCACAACUACCGGGCCACCACCGACGAUUAGCAGUGCAUUGCACCAUGACACUGGCACUAACAACAACGUAUUCACCACGGUUAUAACGUCUGUGAACCAUCAAUACCACAAGUACCAGCCGACAGGUACRGGUAACGGCGGCUCGAGCUCGCAUUCAACGGCUAAACCCGYGGUGAACGAUGGUGGCACGGUGGCCGUGCUGUCUUCAAGUGGUGGAUAUAAACCAUCAUCCACCAUCGAUGAUGAUUAUCCGACGCCCGUGGUGACGCCGGCAACACAAGUGUUCAUCACUGCCUCCGACGUGCAGCACCUACAGCAGCACCACAUUCAGCAGCAACUGCACCACCAUUUGCAGCACCACACGUCGUCCUCUUCGUAUCCGGUUACCGCGGUGCAUGGAUCCACUGCCGACGAUGACGUGAGCGCCGUUCCGUUCAACUCCACUGAUACAUUUGCUUUCCCGCCGGUCCGUGACCCCAACGUUAACCUGACUGCAGCCACGCAACAGGAGAAACCGGAGGUGACCAUCGUCGACUCAGCCGGCGAUUACGAUGCUGACGCUGAACCAAACCCUCAGUUAACGGUCGAUGAUAACCUGGAUGACAAGGUCCACCUGUUCGUCGAGAAGGUUGUCCAAUCGUUACAGGGAAAUUUCGAGGACCUGGAAAAGGUCUUGCUGUCUGGUGACACGUCGUCGUCCAACGUGACCAUCAGUAAUGACGACCCGGCAGGCUGGCCGAACAAGAAGCCCGCGACCGCUGCGACGUCGGCCGUUACGCCYACGAAGAAGCCAUCAAAACCGGCGGCUGUGAAGCCCACAAAACCAUCGUCGCAGCCCGUCAAGUGGACUUCCACCACAACGUACCGGCCGACUCCGAUCAGUUCACUGCUGGAUUCUGCACCAUACUUGGAGCUGACCACUGUAUCUCGGCCUACAAAGUAUCCGACAUUGCUUACCCCAGUUCAGUUAUUCCAGCCCACAACAUACGCAACGGACAACAAGCGUCCAACCAAGCUGCCCGUCAAGCAGACGCCUUCCACGACCGUCGUGUUGGACACGCUCAACGUUGAACACGACCAUCACACCACAGCUGAACCAGACUACAGGAAAACGUGUGGAGUGCGGCCUUUAGUAAGGAAAGGUGGUCGGAUCGUCGGCGGAACGGGUUCGACAUUCGGCGAAUGGCCAUGGCAAGUGUUGGUAAGAGAAGCUACAUGGCUGGGGCUUUUCACCAAAAACAAAUGCGGUGGCGUGUUGAUCACUCAGCGACACGUCAUAACCGCCGCUCACUGUCAACCUGGAUUUUUGGCGAACCUAGUGGCCGUUUUCGGUGAGUAUGACAUCAGCGGCGAGGUCGAGUCCAAGCGGAGCAUCAGCAAGAAUGUGAAACGUGUCAUUGUCCAUCGGCAGUACGACGCAGCAACUUUCGAAAACGACAUAGCCCUUCUAGAGCUCGAGUCACCGGUCAGCUACGACCAGCACAUAGUGCCCAUUUGUAUGCCGGACGACGAGGAUGACUUCACGGGACGUAUGGCAGUGGUCACAGGAUGGGGACGGUUGAAAUACGGAGGUGGAGUUCCAAGCAUCCUGCAAGAAGUGCAAGUUCCUAUAAUUGAAAACCAAGUGUGCCAGGACAUGUUUGAGACAGCAGGACACACAAAGUCCAUACUUAGCAGCUUCUUGUGCGCCGGUUAUGCCAACGGACAGAGGGAUUCUUGCGAGGGUGACAGUGGUGGACCUCUGAUGAUCGAGAAGGACAAUGGCCGCUGGACCCUCAUCGGCACGGUGUCUCAUGGCAUCAAAUGUGCCGCGCCAUAUCUGCCGGGCGUCUAUAUGAGGACUACGUACUACAAACCGUGGCUGCAGACCAUCACGGGCGUACAAUAAACAUAUCGCCACAGAAUUGUCAUCGCUAUUAUUGUUAUAGUUGUUUGUUGUUAUUGUUGUUGUUGUUGUUGUUGUUGUUUUUGUUGUUAUGAUUUUAUGGUCAUACCGUUAAACGAAAAAAUAUAACAUUUUGUAAAAUAAAAUAAAGUCCCCAGACCCUUCCUCAUAUGUCAGCAGACUGCAUCGUGUUAUGGCCAAUGAUAAUAAUAUUAAUGUAAGAUUCAUAUUGCCCAUGUGCGUGUACUCAUUAUACAUUCAAAGUUGAGCGCAAGUUACUUUCUA